AAUUUUUCAAAGCAAAGAAAACGAAACAUUUUCAUUUUGCAAAAAUUGAAAGCUGUGUUUUUAGUUUUCCUUUUGCAAUAAUUUGUAGUGAGCGCACUUCUUAUUCGUGUUGAUAUUGGGAAAAAGUGAAAGAAAUUUAUUUACAAUCGUUUUCAUUGCAAGUUAUAUUGAUCAUGUCUGGCGAAUUGUCUAGCAUAACUGACGAGGCCUGCACAUCUAACGCCAAUGAACAUAAAAAAUUGGAGACAAAAUCUGACAAAGCUUCGCGUUUGCGUUCAUUGAUAAUCACCGAGUGUGGAUUAAAAAUCACAACCACGGAAAAUUAUUUGAAGCGUUUACAAAACCUACGGAAGGAACUUAAUUACAUUAACGAAACUGACUGGAUGUACGAAUCGAUAGACAGGAAGAGUCAUUAACAUUGCUUCAUCAUGCCGUCAGUAUCACUUCAUUCCAAUGAUAGUGAUGCGCAAAAAAAAAACUAUUGUUUUAAAUGCACCGGUAAAAUAUAUGUUAUAUAGAUACAAUAGAGAAUUAGUUUUAUAAAGCUCCUCUCUUUGCAAUCUAGGUAUCAUCACCAGCCUGAACAGCAAUCAUGCAACCAUAAAUAAGAGUAUACCCUUUGAAAUAAAUACUUUGUCCAUUCCUAGCGAAAUGAGA